AUGAGUUUUUCAACUCAACCACGCCAAGCAUUCAAGAGCAUUUCGCCCAAUGUCACUCGUACAUUAACUGCUAAGUCAAUCCCAAGUCGAUCCAUUCAAUUUGAAGUCAAUGCUAAACCCUAUAGAACUCGUAAGCAGUUGACGUAUACUAUACAAGAACUAUUAAGUACUAAAGAGAAUAGUAUCCCAUACACUUUACCAUUAGAAGCUAUUGUAGCUAUAGAAGAACGAGCAGAGAUCCCAUACAAGACCCCUUCGAAACAUCUCCCGAUCAUCGAAACAGACAGUAGAAAGGUCGAGGCAAGGGAAAAGCAAAUCACUUAUGGGAAGGCUACUGAAGGAUAUAAGAACUACACCCACUAUGUCCCUUAUGAGAGUCGCCAAUUCAAUGACCCGAAAACACCAGAGAUCAAUCAGGUUUGCUCGAAAAGAUCAUGGGACGGACAAGUCCGCAAAUGGAGAAGAGAACUCCACGCGUUCGAUGAGAUGAAAAGCGCAGAGGACCUGGCAGAAGCAAGAAGAAAGGCAGGAAUUGUCCACGCGACGCCAAGUAAAAACAAGUUGGCUAUGACAGAACCAGUCAUGAGAGAAAGAAAGGUACUGAGAAACCAAAAUUUUGUGGCGAAAAUUUUGUCGUUUGAGGACUAG